UGACUUUCGGCGUCUGGGUUGGAGACCGCGGACACGGCCGACAUGGUUUUCUGCGCUGUGAACCCCGGUGGAUCCGCUCUAAUCGAUUGCGCGGUCGCAAACAGCGUUCUCACUUGAAGAGUCGAACGACCGAUACAUCUCCUUCCUAUCCGUCACCCCCGUCGGUCACCGCGGCGAUCACGCCGAUCGGCGACGAGAGAGACCUAUCGAGAGGCCAGCGGCGAUAACAGCAAGAUGACACCAGAAGGAUAUACACGCGUUUAUGUGGGCGGGUUGAAUGAGAGCAUCAAGAAGGAAGAUCUACAAAUGGAGUUUGAAAAGUAUGGCAAGUUGAACAAGGUGUGGGUAGCGUUUAAUCCACCGGGCUUCGCUUUCAUCGAAUUCUUCAACAUGAACGAGGCCGAAUUGGCUUGCUGCAACAUGAAUGGCAUGGAGAUUAUGGGUGCAAAAUUGAGAGUGGAGAUUUCCCGGGGUAGAGGCCGUGGGGGCGGUAGGGGCGGUGGCGCGGGUGGUUUCAGAGGAAAUCGCGGGGUUGGCAGUAGGGACUUUGGCUCUCGGGGCGGCACUACUGCGGGUUACAGAGGCAGUACUUACGCAGAUUAUGGAGGCAGCUAUUAUACAGGCAGGGGUGGCGCAAGUAGGGGCAGAGGUCGUUACGGAGAAGACUAUAUGUACAAUCGCAGCAGCGGGUAUGUUACGCGAGACGGAUAUACACAGGAUGUCUACGGUGGUAGUAGCGGGGACACUGGCGCCGACUACUACACCGGGAAGGAUACAAGCACAGCGAGGUAUCGAAGCCGCUCUCCCGCCGGCCGUGGCAGUCAUCGUCAUCUACGUGAAUGCACAUAAAAGAACUACGCUGCGUCUUGCCAAUCUGAACUGCGGGCCGAUCAGCCACCCGCCUCGACGACUUCAUUUCUGUCCAAUCUACACAGCGACCUGUAUAUAAACAAGAACUACCAUUGCAGUUUGCGCUGUGCAAUGUUUUCCGUGCAUUGUCCACUUCCAUACAACCCGUGGUCGUUGCCGGAGAACAUUUUUUAUGAUUAAAAGACUCGAAAGUUCCCUUGAAAAAAAAAACAUUCUUUACGUUCGAACACGUGAAACACGAAUCGCGAACUGCGAAUAAUAUUUGAAAAAAUAAUUAAUAGAGCUAUUAAUCUAUAGAGAUUAUAACACACUAUUUGCAAUCAUCAUUUUAUUUUAAACCGAAAUCUAUCGUGGGUUAUUUUAGAUCUCCUUUCUUUACACACAUUUUAGAUACGUAGGAUUUUUUGUGGUCCUUGGUUUACGAUUAUAAUACAGAAUUCAUAAUUCAUUUGCGUACAUAUAAUCCCACCGUUAAAAUAGUAGCAUCUCGUAAUUUUGUUGAUUUGCUUGGCUUAGCUAUCAUUAUUUUCAGCUUUCCGAUAAGUUCGGAGAUUGCGGUACAACGGUUCAUAAUCUUGUGAAUAUCAUUCUCACGUAUUUAGAAACGUGUGCUCGCUUAACGUUCUAUGAAUAGUAACGAUUUUAUAUGGAAUCGGAAAGGAGACAGUAAAUCGCGCCAACACUAGCCAAAUGCAAACUGCUGCUCGCAUAUAACAAUUAAUAACGUGUAAUCGAAGAAGAAGAAAUAGAUAUAUAGUAAUGUGUAAUAUAUCUUGAGAAUUUCGACGCACAAACGACGAGAUCAAAAAAUUGUUUGCGAAGCCAAAGGGAUUCGCAUCGAACAUGAUAUAUCUUCCACCUCGGUUUUGUGAUAUACGUGCAGAAACAGUGCUGCAUUUGGAAAGAGAUGUCCGAGCAUCAAUUUUUGUCAUUUCAGAUGCUCGUAAAUAAGAAAGUGAUAAAAAUAGUGGUAAUGAUGUAUAUUAUCUCCACUGUAAAAGAUGGAAUUGGAAAUUGAGAUAUUAAACGAUUUGCGCUCAC